AUGGCGCUCGAUAGCGAGAGAAUAGCGCAAACUGACUAUGUAUGUGGUGGAGGCUCACGGCGAUCUGCAGCGGCCGACAUUUGCGGCUCAGCGAUAUUCAAAACAAACAAACAGGGCGUACCGUAUGGAUUCUUACGGUCCUCAGCGCUGAUGGGGCAUUUGCGUCCCGAGAGAGCCCUUCCAAGAGUCACCACACACGACAUUAUUUCGCUAAGCGAGAUUGAACCACUUGACAGCUCAGCGCUGCAGCAGGAGAACAAGGAGCAAAAUACAAAGAAGCGGACCCUGAUAACCCAAAGAAGCGCGGGUGACACAGGCAGAUAUCAGCAAUGGCAACGCCCAUCGUCUCCCAUGUGCUUCGUAUCCCAGGCGCCGAUACGUAAAGUGGUUUUCCGUCCAAUUGAUAGGGCCCUCGUGCUCUGUUCUCAACGCCGUGGGCUCGUGGUCAAGGAUAUAGCUGAGAAACGUCAGCUUGAUACCUGCUAG